UCUAUGAGUUCUUGAAACUUUUCCCAGCACUCCUCCCACUUGUGUUUACACUUUUUCCCAAAAAAGCGCUACCAAAACUAGGCGAUUGAGAACAAGAAUUCCAGUGUCGAAUCCCAUGGAAUCUUCAAGUAUCGAAAGCCCGAUAUUCACGGAGACCGAUCUGGGCACCCGCCUUGCGGUGCCAAUCUCUCCCGACGCUACGGCAAGGGAAUUCAAGAGAGUAUUUGAGAGGGCGCACUUGAAUUGUUUCCCAAAACUUGGGGAUAUCAAGGUGAAUGGUUUGAUGGUUCAGAGGAAAUCAUUCUUUUACCAAUUAUCUGAUACAUUACCUUUAAGGUAUGCUUUUCAGUACUUGAAAGGAAAUUGGUUUCUUCGAGUUAAAGUAUGCCAUUCUAGCAUUCCUGACAAGUUAGGGGCACCUGAACAUGUAUGUGAAAAGAUUAAGGAUUGUUCAACUGAUGUUAAUGAUGGUGCUGGUUCAACAGAUGCCAAGAAUUUUCUUUCAAGUACAAUUAAGAUUAAGUCAAAAUGCAGGAGGAGGAAGAUCAAAAGGUUUGCCAGCUUUAGAAUUUCACUCUUAGAUAUUCGAAGAAGGUUCUACUUUUCGGAGAGGCAAAAGAUUAAAAAGAAAAGAGUUAGGAAAAAGUAUGAUAUUAAGUGCUCAAUAAAUACAGUUGAUGAGCAGCAUGUUGUUUCUGAUGAGAGUUGUGAUAUUGCUAAAUCGGGUGCUAAGGACAAGUCAAGUAAAGAGGGAAAUUAUAGCCAAGCAGUGGAGAGUCGUCAUGAGACAUUAUCGGAAUCCAUGUCAGUCUCGGGCAUUAUUCGGAAGUAUUUCUCCUGUUACGACGAGGUGAACUCAGGUUCGGGGUUUUCUUAUUCAACAGUUAGAGGUGGUGAACAAAAGGAAAAACUGAUCGUUAGAACAGAUGACUGCCAUCUGAACUUUGGUGUUUGUACGCCUCCUCCAUUUAGAGCCAAAACACCAUCGAAAACGCUAAAUGUUCCUCUGACUAGCAAAACUGCUUCUAUACCCUCGAGAAAGGUUAAGAAAGCCGAAGUUGGGAAGCGCCUUCUAACUGCUGCAAAUCAUCUCGGGCUUAAUUCAAGUAACAGAAGUCCUGGACUUUCUCUUACGAGAAGUGUGGUGUUUGAGAUCCCGGAUGAGGACGACUGAAGAUUGCAAUGCACUACCUGGCUACAAUUGGAAAAAAAGGUAUUGCUAUAUUAGCUCAUCUUCCUUUUAAGGUAUGGACUGAUUUAGUUCACGGUUCCAAUCGCCUGCUGGAGGGGGGAACUGCAACGGGGCCCUUUGGUUGUACAAUUAGUUGAAAGUUUUGUAAAAUUUACCGAAAGGUGUUGGCUGAAGUGGAAGGGGUUUGAAUCGCUUAAACAUAUAGUCAAGGAUUUGGACCCAUGCAACACUUUUGGGCGAGCCGCCUCAAAUGGGCCCAACCGAGGCUAUGUUUUGUACAAUUAGUUGAAAGUUCAUGUUUUGUACAAUUAGCUGAAAGUUCUGUAAAAUUUGAUGUUUUGUACAAUUAGUUCAAAGUUUUGUUACUCUAAAAUGGUAUUUAUUGUCUUGUAAACUGAACUCUUGCUGCCUGUAAGUCAAUCUUGAGAUAACAGAGUCACUUGUUUAUUUGAGUCAACAAGUCAUUCUUUAACUCUUGUGGAAA